CCAAAUCGGCACGAGGUUGGAGUCUGGUGUUGGGGAUCCUGCCCUCGGAAGCAGGCGGAAGGCAUUGCUUGGGCGGGAGCCUUAAAGGAUGGCCUCCUCAGAUCUGGACCAAUUAUGCUGUCAUAUUAAUGAAAAGAUUGGCAAUAUUAAAAAAACUCUGUCACUGAGAAACUGUGGCCAAGAACCUACCUUGAAGACUGUAUUAAAUAAAAUAGGAGAUGAGAUCAUUGUAGUAAAUGAACUUCUAAAUAAAUUGGAAUUGGAAAUUCAGUAUCAAGAACAGACCAACAAUUCACUCAAGGAACUCUGUGAAUCUCUUGAAGAAGAUUACAAAGAUGUGGAACAUCUCAAAGAAAACAUUCCUCCCCAUUUGCCUCAAGUAACAGUAACCCAGAACUUUGUUAAGGUAUCAGAUCUUGACCCUGAGGAACCAGUCAAAGUCGAGGAACCUGCACCCACAAAGAAGCCCCCAAAAGAACAAAGAACUAUUAAAGAGAUGCUGUUUAUUACUUCUGAUGAGUUUAAUGGCAUUCCUGCGUACAUGAAAUCCCGCUUAACCUACUGUCAAAUUAAUGAUGUUAUUAAAGAAAUCAACAAGGCAGUAGUUAGUAAAUAUAAGAUCCUACAUCAACCAAAAAAGUCUAUGAAUUCUGUGGCCAGAAAUCUCUAUCACAGAUUUAUGGAUGAAGAAACGAAGGAUACCAAAGGUCAUUAUUUUGUAGUGGAAGCUGACAUAAAGGAAUUCACAGCUUUGAAAGUGGACAAGAGGUUUCAUGUGAUACUGAAUAUUUUACGACACUGCCGGAGGCUCUCGGAGGUCCGCGGGGGAGGACUUACCCGAUACGUUAUAACCUGAGGCCCUUGUGAGCUCAGCCAGCAGUAGGGUACAGGGGCUAUUCUUAUAGUUUCCUUAUAUAUAAUUUCUUUUUAUAUAAUUUCUUUAGCUUUCUCAUUUUCUUCUCUUUUAAAAAAACUUUUUUUUAAAAUAAAGUGUAUAUAUUUUAAAAU